AUGAGCUACUGGGAAUUUCUUCGUUUCAAAAGACUACCACUACGCCCCCCUCAGACCAUCGACGCCGAGGCAGAUCUGCCCACAUCUAGCGACUACGAGUAUGAUCCGAGGCCACCGAACGCGACACUAGAUAAACCUGGCAUCAGCAAGCACGAAUUCGAAGUCUAUGUACGACUGUGCUUGGAUCCCUGUUGGUUAUCAUCUCUGCCCAUACUACACACAUGUCGCACAGUGGAAGACUCCGCUGUGAACAUCAUCGAUAAAAUUCCGAGAUACAAGAAGUCUUUGAAGCAGCUUGCCCAAGGGGAUGAGCACGUUUGGGGCAUAAGAGCAAGAUACGUUGUGUCUGGUGUUCGUGUGAUUGCGCUCCACGUUGCUAUUCUUUGCAUCUCUUUUGGUGUGUGGAUUUGGUGGCAAUGGAAGCAUCCAGAUGAUCUUCAAGGAGCUGCGGUUGCGCUCACAACCGUAUUCCUCCUCGUAUCUACAUUUUGGAGUGCAACCGGCGUUCUGAAGGACCUGCGCUAG